AUGAUCGCUCCUUCCUGCGCCUGGACUCGUGUUGGCUUGAGGCGCAUGCCCAACGCCCCUUACUCCCGGAACACAAACUCGGGAACCGGCUUCGAACGCGCACGCACUCAGGUCCAUCCUUCCAAUGUCACUCGCAGAUGCCAUUUCGAGAAGUCGCACGCGGGUGGCAGGCCGACGGAAACGGCGCGGUCCAUUCCCGGGCCAAGCUGGCUUUGGCUCGACCCCAUCAUCGAACCCUUCCGCGCAUAUGGUCGCGUGCAACAGAGGAGGCCCUACAGGACACAGCUCAUAUCCUCGCUCGUCAUCUAUUUCAUCGGCGACCUAGUGGCCCAGAGCAUUGCGCCUGACGAGUCCAACCAAGUGCUGGAAGUGGUCGACGAUGCAGCGGAAAAGGGCUGGGUCCAAGAAUGGAGCGACAACCGUGACUGGGCCCGUACAGGACGCGCUCUCGCAAUUGGAGGACUGAGCUCUAUCCCAUCGUACAAGUGGUUCCUGUGGUUAUCCAACAGCUUCAACUACAGCUCCAAGACACUCUCUCUGUCAAUCAAGGUCUUCAUCAACCAAGCCUUCUUCACCCCCUUGUUCAACUCGUACUUCUUUGGCAUGCAAUCGCUUCUUUCCGGCGCAACCCUGCCCGAGAUCCUGGAACGCAUCAAGAAUACGGUGCCGACAAGCUGGUACAACAGCUGCAAACUCUGGCCUGCCGUCACAGCCUUCAGCUUCACCUACAUACCUAUAGAAUACCGUAGCAUAUUUGGCGGCGUUAUCGCUAUUGGGUGGCAGACGUAUCUCAGUCUGCUAAACACAAGGGCUGCAGCUAAAGAGGAGAUGGAGCAUGCAGCGAUGCACGACGCGCCAGCAAGCGUGCGAACAACACAAAGGCUUGAGCAUGGUCUGCUCGAGCAAAAAUGCGCUGCGUAG